AUGACAAGUCCAAAUAUUAAUGAUAACGGUAGAAUAAAUACUGAAAGAAUUAAUACUUUACCCAUAAAAAAAAUUUAUGAUGAUCAAUCCCAAAAUUGGAAGGUUCAACAACAAAAUAUUAUAGAUAUAUAUCACAAUGAUGAUAUUGCAGAUGAAGUUAGUGAUUCUACCACCAAGAAAAGCGGUGACACUAAGAUAACCCAUCAGAAACAAAUUAUCUCAAAUACAAGGCCGUAUUUACCCAAAGACCCUGCUUUCAUAAUAUAUACUUCACCAAUAACUUAUUUAUCGAAUAAAAAAGGAGUUGCUGAUAAUAGUGAGGACAAGGUUAAUGAUGAUCUUAACAGUUUUGAUAAUUACAAGAAACAAAAAAAGAAAGAAAAAAAUAAUACUUUACCAUAUCCAAAGAGUAAUGUUUUUCAUCCAAAAACAAGUGCUAAAAGAAAACAUGAAAUUUGGUACGUUGCUACCAAAGAUGAUAACACUAAUCUUGAAAAAACAACAAUUGAACAUUUAACAACUUCAGAAUCACCAACCAUGUUUAAAAAAAUAGCAAACAAAUUUUACAACUUACUUUAUUACAAGGAACCCCCUAAAACCAUAACCACUGGAAAAACAACAGAUUCUCUAAAAGACACUGUUGAAUAUAACAAACCAAGCAUUAAAAGAACUGAACGAAAUGGAUUUGAUACACAAUUUGUUCCACGUAAAAGAACCAAACCAAUCACUGCAAUGGAAAGGCGCAAGAUAGAGUUGUCAGAAAAACUAACCGGAAAUUUAAAUGCAAAUAACUUGGAAUUAUUAGACCAAAGAAAAGAUCCCUUUAAUUGGAAUUCUCUUCCUGAUACUGAUACUAUGGAAAAAGAUGACAGAAAAAAAAACUUAUCGCCUUAUGGGACUGCUUUUUUCAGGAAAAGAAAACAUAUUCAAGAAAAUGAGCAACUUGCAUUAUGCACUAAACAUGAAAAUUAUAAUGGUCAAAAUGAAUUGGCCUUUUUGAAAAAAAUAUACAAUGGUGAAUCAUAUAGAACACCUGCCUCGAUAGAAAAGGAAAGAGAAAAUCAACUUAAUCUGUUAAAAAAGGAUAGUAAAAAGCAAAAUAGCUACACUUUUAAAAAUACAGUACAGGACUUGGUUGAUAGGAUUAAAAAAUCUUUGUUUGCUGAUUCCAAGGACAUUGAUGGAAAUAAUAAUGAUGUCAUAUUUGUAAAAGAACAAGCGGUUGAUCCAACCACUUUUACCAGACCACUAGCUUUAAAGGAAAAACUAAUAUUUGACAGAAGUUUAGUGACAUUUCAUGAUGAAUUUAAAGCUUACAAAGCUAUCAUUGAAGAAAGAGAACAAUUAAAGCAGGAACUCGAAAAAAGAAGAAAGGAAAAGUUAUCCAAAAGUUUGAUACCAGAUUUGAGUCAACAUGAAUUGGAUAAAGUUUAUUCCAUAUUUGAAAAUGGUACUAGUACAAAAACAUGGAGAUGUUAUGAUUUGGAUAUUGGCAUGAGAGAUAUUAAAACAUUGGUACCAGGUAGAUGGCUAAAUGACACAAUAAUAGAAUUUUUCAUGAAGUAUAUAGAAAAUAAAAACGAAAAAGUCGUAUCCUUUAACUCAUUUUUUUUUACAGCCCUUUCAGAAAGAGGUUAUCAAGGUGUCAGAAGAUGGAUGAAAAGGAAAAAAGUGGAUAUUAACAAUUUAUCCAAGAUUUUCACGCCUAUUAAUAUAAAUAGAAGCCAUUGGGCCCUAGGUAUGAUCGAUAUUACUCGGAAAAAAAUAAUAUAUGUCGAUUCCUUAUCAAAUGCCUCAAACACAGGUCCAAAAGUUUUUAGCAUGCUAUCCCUACUCAAGGAUUAUCUUUUAGAAGAAAGCAAGGGUAAAUUAGGCGAUGGCUUUGAACUUGAGCACAUAGGCUGCCCCCAGCAACCAAAUGGAUUUGAUUGUGGUAUUUAUGUUUGCAUGAAUUCUCUAUAUUUAAGCAAAAAUAGAUAUUUAGAUUUUAAAUCCAAAGAUGCUCUAAAGAUGAGAGAGUAUAUAGCAGAUUUAAUUAUAAAUAGUGACUAA